CAACGUGCGAAUAGCAAAAGCAAAAAAGUUGCCAGCAACAAAAUGACAAUGUUGCAUACACAAAGUUGCCGCAAUUCGACAUUGUGUGCAACAACACCAACACGAACUAGAAAAGCAACAGCAACAUCAGCCGCUACGAAAAAGAGAAUCAAGAAAGCCAAGCACAGGCUUAGAACUAAAUAUGAAACGACUGUGCCUCACCUGCUAUUCUUUACGCUGCUAUUAUCUGGUCAUUGCCAGCAACUGGCCUGGUCCUUUAAUUUAGAGCAACGUCUACCAAUUGUCAAAUAUGGACCGAAUGUAAAAGCGCAUUUUGGCUACUCGGUAGCCACACACACUAUUGGCGAACAUAAUUGGCCCAAUAACACGAAAUGUUUACUGGUUGGCGCACCGCUGGAUCAAAAUCUACAGCCAGGAACCAAGGAUUCAGGCGCCCUGUGGAAGUGUCCGAUCACACAGAAUUCCGAUGAUUGCGAACAGAUCAUAACCGAUGGACGCAGAACACUCCUGGGAUCUUAUGAACAUACUUACGAUGACGACUCCCUCAUCCCGCAAUCCGCUGAUGAGAUCAAGGAAGGGCAAUGGAUGGGUGUUACAGUGCGCUCCCAAGGAUUGGGCGGCAAGGUGCUCGUCUGUGCACAUCGUUAUGUGACGAUUGUGCGUGAGAAUCGCUAUGGCCAGGGCCUAUGCUACGUGCUGACCAACAAUCUAAAAUUCGACGAGGUCUACGAGCCUUGCAAGGGCCGCUCUGUAGUAAGGCAACACGAGGAUUAUGGCUUCUGUCAGGUGGGAACGUCCGGCGCUUUGCUAGACGACAAUACCAUGGUGCUGGGCACGCCUGGCCCCUUCACUUGGCGCGGCACUAUUUUUGUCACAGAGAUCGGCGGCGAAUAUUUGGAGCGGGACAAGAACAUGUACUACAGCGAUCACUCGGACGCCACCUCGCCCGUGGACAAGUACAGCUAUUUAGGCAUGGCUGUGACCGGAGGUCGUUAUUUUGGCGAGCGCAUGUCCUACGCCGCAGGCGCUCCUCGUUCCAAUGGCCAUGGCCAAGUGGUGAUCUUUGACAAGGCCAACACCAGUCCCAUACCUGUGCGUCUGAUCAUUGAUGGCGAGCAGUUUGCCUCCAGCUUUGGCUACGAGCUCACUACAGCCGACAUCAACGGCGAUCAAAAGCCCGAUCUGAUUGCGGCCGCACCCUUCUACUUCUCGAAGAAUGAGGGUGGAGCCGUUUAUGUGUAUCAGAACGAUAAAGACAUGCUGCCCCAAAAGCCGACUCUGAAGCUGACAGGUACGCUGGAGAGUCGCUUUGGACUGGCGCUGGCCAACAUUGGUGAUCUGAAUAAAGACAACUGCGAGGACAUUGCCGUGGGCGCGCCCUAUGAAGGCGAUGGUGUCGUCUACAUCUACCUCGGCUCACGUACGGGUCUUAACAGCAAGCCCUCACAGCGCAUUCCCGCCUCUGAUCUGGGUGGAUUGCUGCCUAAGCCCAUACGCACCUUCGGCAUUUCUAUAGCUGGAAACACGGAUCUAGACGGCAACUCCUAUCCGGACUUGGUGGUGGGUGCCUACAACUCCUCUGCAGUUGUGGCGCUGCUGGCACGUCCCAUAAUCAGCAUACAGACUACUUAUAGCGGCAGCGAGUUGCGCAACAUCGAUCCCAAUAAGCAGCGCUGCAUCGGAAACGCCUCCACCAAUUUGACGUGCUUCACUUUCGAGGUGUGCUGCUCCAUCGAUCCCUACGAGCAGUCGGGCACCAGCAAGGAACUUAAUCUGUUGGCCACCGUCGAAGCGGAAACAUACGAGCACCAAAAGAAGUUCUCCCGCGUCUUCUUCGAUCACGACGACAAGCGCAGCAAUGUUAUCAAGAGCGAGGUAAGAGUGGGUACAAAUGGACGAUCCCAUUGCCAGCAGAUCAUUGGCUACAUCAAAGAUAACACUCGGGACAUACAGACGCCUAUAAAGAUGCGACUGAGCUAUACACUUGUAGAGCCCCCCCUAGCGGACUCUGGACUGAUACGACUCAACCCAAUGCUCGACCAAACGCAGGCGCACAUUGAAUUCGAAGGCACGUUCCAAAAGGACUGCGGCGACGACGAUGAGUGCGAGAGUAAUCUACUUUUGGAAGCUCAGCUAGACGCGUACAAAGCGGAUGAGAACUAUGCGCUGACACUAGGCGAAAAGGAGGAGGUACGAGUCAAUGUGAAUGUCAGCAAUCUGGCCGACUCGGCCUACGAAACGCAGCUUUUUAUUGUUCACCCAAAAAGUAUAUCCUACAUAGCCGCUUUGAAGAAGAACAAUGCCAUUUGCAACCGCUUCAACGACACUGUCGUCUCCUGCGGUCUAGGCAACCCCAUGCGACGUGGCAGCACCACAGAUGUCUCGAUACGCUUCGAUCCCAGUAGCCUGGAGUUGGGCGAAACAAAGCUGCAGUUCCACAUCUUUGCGAAUACGACAUCGAAGCUAGUAGGCUCGGACCGUCCCGAACGAACGUUGGACGUCCGGGUUGUGAAGCAUACCGAGCUGACCUUGCGUGGUUGGGCCAUUCCUGAGCAGAGCUUCUAUAGUGGCGCCGUCAAGCUGGAUAACUCGCCGAUGAAACUGGAGGAUGUCGGUUCGUCGUUGACGCACACAUUUUGGAUCUACAAUGAGGGCCCCUGGCGUGCGCCGAAAGUUCUGCUCACGAUCGACUGGCCUUAUCAGGUGUACAGCGAACGGGAGUCAGGCAAAACAGAUCAGCAUCUGCUCUAUCUGGUGGAUGUUCCCACCAUCGAGAAUGUGCAGGGCGAGUGCAAGGUUUCUCCCGAAUAUGUGAAUCCGCUCAAACUCCAGCCCGCCUACUUGUCCGCACCAGCUUCCAUGAUGAUGCAUCCCUCCAAGCUGCAGCGAAACGAGUCGUACCCCCAUUUUGUCAGUACUUACCAUCGAAUCCGGCAUAAAACGGAAGCCCUCAACCCCUUCAAACACGGUGGCGGUAUGGCCACUGAGGCAGAGGAUAUGGAGCCUUCGGCCCCGCACAAUCGCGUCCGCCGCGACACUUUCAUUCGCAUCGUCAGGCCCGAGCGUUUCAUGGAUGGUCGCGAUGCCAACGGCAAGACAAAGAAGCGUCAUAUCGUCGAGCUGAACUGCAACAAAGCGGUCAACUGCAUCAAGAUCCAGUGCGAAAUCUACGAUAUGCCGGCCAAGACAGAAACGCAGGUACAUGUGAAGGCUCGCCUGUGGAACUCAACGCUGGUGUCCCUAUAUCCGCGCGUCGAUCUCGUCCGCAUCUUCUCGAAGGCCCACGUCGAGAUCCCCAAUGAUUUGGGUGUGAAACAAUCGGACAAUAACAACAACCACAUUAUGGUGGAAACACGCGCCUAUCCGGAACUGCUGGACCAACAACGGGACACAUCGACGCCGCUGUGGCUGUGCAUAUUGGCGGGCGUAUUGGGUCUGGUGUUGUUGGGCAUCUUCACAUGCCUGCUGUGGAAGUGUGGGUUCUUCAAGCGGAAGCGACCCAUGGAUCCGACACUGAGUGGCAAUCUGGAGAAAAUGAACGAGGGGAAGCCCUUUCUGGACGAAAAGGUUUUCUAACAAGAGGGCACCGUUGGGUGGGAUCUGGUCAGACACCAGGUCGCUCCCAAAAGGCAACGGAAGACGGUGAAGAGGCACCAACCACUGUAUCGCCAUUGGCGUAGACGAUUUAACAACUACAACAACAACAAUAACAACAACAACAACAACGAUGAGUUCGAUGUGCUGUCUCUAACGCCACCUCCGCCGCCCCUUUCUGUAAUUGAUUGGGGCAGCGAUGGCUACUAUCAGGCCACCGCUGCCUGGUGGGGCCACAUGUGAGGGGUGGAACUCUUGAUGUUUCAACGUGCCAUUUUGUAUUUUAUUUAAUGCUUUUUUUUUUGUACGACAUAUAGCCAUCGGUUUUGAUAUAGCAGGCUGAAUGGUCAGAAGGUCGAAGGCCGCGAUUACCACCCAUGUAGGGACUGCUUGAGUAACACAAUUCUAACGAAGGUCACUGAUGAGGAUGGCUGGCAUCAUCCGAAAUAGCGCAAAGAGUAUCUGGCCAGCCAGUUAGGCUGCCAAAAAUUCCGUUCACUUGAUUGCAGUUCGUUAAGCAAUUAAUAGUGCUCGUGCCGAUUGAGCGUCCAGCGAGCUAAAUCAAAAAUGUUUUAUUUUUGUUAUUAAUGUAAUUUUCUAUAAUUAUCAUAAUAUUAUUAUUAUUAUUAUUAUGAAUAGUAUUUAUUUGCUGUCUUAAGCAAUUGGGCUUCAAAAUUCACCCGCUCCCACUUUUGUACUAUAUUAAACGCUAAACUAAGUUUAAAAAAAAAGAAGAAAGGCCUUCAUCUGAGCCCCGAGAGACUAACUAGCUUUGCCUCUCCUCCGAAUAAUAGACCACUGCCAACACAAAAAAAAAAAAAAACAACAACAACAACUAACGUACCUACUAGCGUACAUACAUACAAUACACUACUAUAUAGUAAUCUAUAAAGUACAGUAGAGUAGAGUACCCGAGCUCGAAACUAACAACAGUAGCUGAUAAGUCCAAUGACACAAUCGAUCGUUGAUAACGAGAGGUGUUACGAGCGCUUGCCCGAGAGGGUCACUAAGUUUGCGGAAUCCGAAAAAAAUUCGAACCGAUUCAGUGACAAAGUAGACAUUGUAUUCUUCAAAAUCAAAUCAAAUUUCAAUAGGACCGCGUAUUGUGCGCAUCCGAUUCUGUUUAUAUACAAGUAGUAUAGAGGAAUCUGCCAUUUCAUGAACUCGAUGUAUCAGAAGGAAUUCAAAAGCUAUUCAUGCUUAUGGUUGUAUUAUUUGAUCAAGUCGGACAAAAAAUUAACAGUUUCGUCUCAGACUUUAAGUAGGAUUUUUUUUUUCUUAUAUUUUUCAUAAGUUAGGAUAAGACUUGUUUCUGCAAACUAUGAAAUAAGUAUGUUGGAAACAGCCAGCUCGGACCAUUACUUAAUACAGCAAUGCACUAUGGUUUUUUUUGCCCGUUUUUUUUUUGUCCAAAUAUAAACAGUUUUAUUUUUAUUAUAAAUUGUUUAAUUAAGGGAAAAUUAAAUAAAUUCCUGCUGAUAUGGCAACACCAUUUUCUUGGCGCGCAGUCAAAGUUAACUGAUUGUGUGAAACACAUGUCAGAGCUUGCAGAAGUAAGAAAAGACCCCACAAAAGUUAAAUUAUAUAAUGGAAAACGUUAACCAAUGUAUAUUUAAUUAUAAUCCAAAACUGUUUUUAAGCGAUGAAGUGUGUUCGUGUAAUUGUGCCAUGUGUUUGUUGUUCAUGUGUUUUUAUAGCCUGCGCCCAAAGGGUAAAAGGCUAUACUAGUUUUGUGCGAAUGUAUGUAACAGGCAGAAGAAGGCGUGGCAGACCCCACAAACUGUAUGUAUUCUUGAUCAGGAUGACAAGGCGA